AUGACAAGGGAUUGCGUCAGCAUAGGUACCAGAAGGUGUUAUACUGAGCGCGUCAUUCUGACUUUGAGAACUAUCAAAUUUACAGCGCGCUCGAGGCUGAGCGACAGCGAGAGGUGCAAACCGCGUCCGGUGCUCAGGCUGGAGGAUCGUCUACGUCACUCCCUCGUCACGUCCCUCUGCUUGCGAGAGAGGUCUGGGCUGCCCUUGAACAACGCCUGUGAUGAUCCUCAUGAGGACAGCACAGAGGAAAGCGCACAAAGGGUCGUCGAGGAAACACUAGCACAGCUUAUCCAGAUGGUGAGACCGUACCACGACCUUCUGGCUCUGUUGCACCACGGGUAUCACCAUCUGCUUAGCCGCCUGAACGCACGGAUCAAGAGGCUUCUGCUUAGUGAGGUCAGGUCAGCGACUUUUCCACAGAGCAUGGCGGGUCACGGGAUGUGCGGAGGGAAAGACGGAAAAAGCUGUCUCGACCUUCGCAUUCAUCACCAAGACCUCCAGCAGCGUCAGCAGGACCUUCUGCAGGAGGUGGCAUCGCUGAGGCAUGACUUGGCAAAGGCAGAGGCAGACUUGACAAAAGAACUGCGACGAGCGGAAGACGCAAAGGACGAGAAAAAUAAAAUGGAGAUCUUGCUUCUCGAGGCUCGAGUAGAAGCUGGAGGAUUGCGAAGGAAGCUGGAAAGGUAUACUCAGGAAGGAGAAGCAGCCGACCCCCAACUCCUGGCCAUCGCUCUCAAGAAAUGCCGGGAGGAAGUGAGUGCCCGAGGCCGUCGAGUGGAGGAGAUGGAGCGCCAGUACCGGGAGGUCGUGCCGCGAGCUGACUUCGAGAGACAGCAGCGGCGUCUGGCCAGCGUCACCGCCACGCACCAGCAGCUCGUCCUCGUGCACGACAUGCUCAAGGAACAGCACGAAACCCUUCUUAGUUUAUGUCCACUCGUACUCAUUUACCUACAUAGAACUUCGUAUACUGCAAAUACUUUCAUCUAA